GAAUAGGGUCAUUUAUCAGCAUUAUUGAAUAUUGAGGAUAACAUUCCAAUAAUUAAAGGUCCAGCUACAUGUUUGACAAAUACUCCAUUCUUAAAAUAUUUGUACUGUGUCAAUUCCAUUCCACACUUUCUCCAAUAUAUCUUGGACUUUUACUCAUUCUUAAGCUCAAUUCAAUUCAUGGAGGAUGCUAAUGCUAUAAAAAAUAGAGAUGACAAACUGUUGACAAAAGCAAUUGAAGAAUCUUAUAAGGGAGUUCAAUGUGGACAUGGGGCUCCUUUUGGUGCUGUUAUUGUUUGUAAUGAUCAAGUAAUUGUCAGCUGUCACAACAUGUCGCGGAAGUACAAUGACCCAACUGCACACGCAGAGGUCAUAGCCAUAAGAGAGGCAUGUAAUAAACUCAAUCGAAUUGAGUUGUCAGAUUGUGAAAUGUACGCGUCUUGUGAGCCAUGUUCAAUGUGCUUUAGCGCGAUACAGAUUUCAGGAAUCAAGAGAGUAAUCUAUGGAGCAAAAGCUGACACUGCUAGAGCAAUGGGUUAUAGAUCUCCCAUUUCUGAUGCGUUGAGGGGCACCGGAGUUUAUCAAACAGCAGCUAACCUCGAGAUCAAACAAGCUGAGCAUAAUUUGGUUAUCAUCGCCGAGGAAAUAUUUGAGAAAUUUCCUAAAUCUAGUGCUUAAGAAAAUAAAAAUACAGCAAUAAUCAAUCAAUAUGCUUGGAUUUGCGCUGCUCACAUUAUUCCAUGAAAACCAUCUGUCUGAAUCUGAUCCCAUGAAAACACAUUUUUGUAAGAAGGCAUAAUUAAUAUGGAAUGAUUUGUAAUAUUAUUUUAGAUUUAAGGAGUUACAUUUAUAGGACGAAUUCAGUUUUUGAUAUCUUAUUUUUCUUUA